AUGGAAGCCCAGAAGCAAGCAUCGUUUGAGACAGCGGCGAGCUACGUGUACGAUAAACUCGAGAUGCUGGGGAGCAGCCUGGUAGCACUGAAGGAAGAAGAGAAGAUCCUCUAUGCAACGUUGGAGUUCGCCAAUUCUCUCCGAACAGUAGCUGUGGUCGCUGGUAACCACUGCAAGGCCGCAGGUGUACUGCCUAUCCUGCAUGCGCCAAAGGAGCGUAAAGACAACAGGGGUCCAGAUGCGAGGCCAGAGCCUAUGAUGACAAAACCCGGACUGUCAUCCACUUCAGACGAGCCCGAAAGCUGGAAGGACAACCAGUUUUGUGCCAGGGCAACUGCCUGCGUGGUCGAUGGUACGGCACUCCUAGAGAACGACAACAGCAUGCAGAUCAGCCGAGAAUGGGUGACACCAAGAGAGCUGCACAGCGCCAACAGAGACAUGGCAGAGGAGACAAAACUGAAGCUCGGGUCAGGCAGCGAUCCUGGAGAACGAACCUGCCGCGAUAUAUACGGGACUACGUGCGGAGUUGUGCAUAUUCCAGGUAAGGAAAGUGCUAAGAGAAAGGAAGAUUAA